AUGGAGAAACAACGCCAUCAUUCCACCGACCUUUGGACUCUUCAUAAUGUACGCAUUUGGAUUGCCAUUCUUCUGGCGGCUGCACUUUGCAUUGAGGGUCUAAUGAGGAGCAAUUUGAAUAUGGCCAUGGUAUGUAUGGUGAAUAGGACGGCCGUCGUCGAAUUACAAUCGAAAACUGGUAAAGGAAGCACCUCUCAGAUUCGACCAUCUAUAAUUUCGACCAACUCAAGUGCUGACGAACAUGAAACCAACAAUGAAUCAACGAUCAAUUUGCCACCUACGUGCAAAAAAUUACCGUCUCGUGGUCGGAAGAGUUAUAAUGGGAAAUUGGUGUGGACCGCAAAAGAGCAAGCAUGGAUUUUUGCAUCGUUUUAUGCCGGUGGCUUAUUUGUUGUCAUACCAGGAAGUAGGUCAUCAUUACCUGAUGAUUUGUUUUCAUCAUCAAAUACUCGCAGCAUAGAAAUUAUCAAACGGAAUCUACUGAAGUGGAAAGAUUGUGCCACGACUGCAGUAGUAAAGUGUUUAUAUAAUAGCUGCGCUAUUCUUCAAAUUCAUUGUAGUAGUGUUUUUUCUUUGAAGCUCAGAAACUCGGAAACUUCAUUUCCUGCAAGUCACUUUUGCGCACGUAGGUAG